GCGUAAAUUAUGGUUGACAGUUAUCGAAACAAAAAUAAAACAACAGAAGAAAUAUGCCUCUUCUUCUUCACAGAAUUCCUCUUCUCUUCUUCCCCAACACCACCACCAGAAAACUAAUCCCGAUUCACUCCAUGUCCACUUCAUCAUCACAAACAACUCCUCACCAAUUAGACCAUCACGAUCAACAACAAGAAGAUGAAGAAAAACAAGCUUCAUUAGCCCAAGUCUUGAAAUACCACAAAGAAACCAAACAUUCUUUCACAAACUACGCUCGUGGCCCUCGUGGUCUUGAUUGGGCAAAUCAACCCAACCCUUUUCGCCGUUACAUAUCUUCUCCACUAAUCCCUUUAUUACACCCUCCAUUUUCUCAAGAAUCAUCUCCACUUUACUCCUCAAUUUUCAAGACUCUUCCUUUUCCAAAACCCAUUUCACAACUCACAAUUUCUCAGCUUUUCUAUGAUUCUUUAGCCUUAUCAGCUUGGAAAUCUACUGGUUUUUCAACUUGGUCACUUCGUGUAAACCCUAGUAGUGGUAACCUUCAUCCAACUGAAGCUUAUAUUAUUUGUCCACCUGUUGAAACACUGUCAGAUAAAGGUUUUGUAGCUCAUUAUGCACCAAAAGAACAUUCUUUGGAGAUUAGAGCUCAAUUCCAAUCUAGUUUUUUCACAAGAUUCUUCCCUGAGAACUCUUUCCUUAUUGGGUUAUCAUCUAUAUUUUGGAGGGAAUCUUGGAAAUAUGGUGAAAGGGCAUUUAGGUAUUGUAAUCAUGAUGUUGGUCAUGCUAUUGCUGCUGUUACAAUAGCAGCAGCAGGUCUUGGAUGGGAUGUCAAAGUUCUUGAUGGAUUAGGUUAUGAGGAUUUAGAGAAGUUAACAGGUCUGGGAAUUUUUCCUAAGUUUGGAAUUCCGUCUCGACCGAUAAAAGGGAAAAUGCCAGAGAUUGAAUUUGAACAUCCAGAUUGUGUUCUUCUGGUUUUUCCUAGUGGAGUGAGUGAGUUUGAAGUGGAUUAUAAGGAGUUGAGUUGUGCUAUUUCGGAGUUUUCGGGUUUGGAUUGGAAAGGCAAGCCUAAUGUGCUUAGUAAAGAACAUAUUUGUUGGGAUAUUAUAUAUAGAACAGCUGAAGCAUCGAAAAAACCGUUGACGAUGUUUAAUGGAUCGGUAGUUGAUCCAUUUCAGAGUAGUGGAACAUUUAGUGAAAGCUGUUAUAAGGAUUUAAGUUUAAGGGAAGUGGUUAGAAAGAGGAGGAGCGCAGUGGAUAUGGAUGGUUCUACCGAAAUGGCCAAAGAAACAUUUUAUCAGAUAUUGUUGCAUUGUAUGCCUUCUGGUUCUCGUGAUGGAGAAAAACAUGUUAGGCAACUGGCAUUGCCAUUUAGGUCACUUGCUUGGGAUAGUGAAGUCCAUGCUGCUAUGUUUGUUCAUAGAGUUGUUGGCUUGCCAAAAGGGUUAUAUUUUUUGGUGAGAAAUGAGAACCAUUUGGAGGAUCUUAAGAAAGAUACUAGAGCUCAGUUCAAAUGGGUGAAACCAGAUGGUUGUCCUGAUGAUCUUCCUCUGUAUGAGCUAGCCAGGGGAGACUGCAAGGAGCUUUCAAAACGAUUAUCAUGCCAUCAGGACAUUGCUGGUGAUGGCUGCUUCAGCUUGGGUAUGAUUGCACAUUUUGAGCCCACUUUGCGCAACAAGGGUUCCUGGAUGUACCCACGGUUAUUUUGGGAGACAGGAGUUCUCGGCCAAGUUUUGUAUCUUGAAUCGCAUGCAGUUGGCAUCUCUGCUACUGGAAUUGGCUGUUUCUUUGACGAUCCUGUACAUGAAGUUCUUGGGCUGAAAGGAUCAAAUUUUCAGAGCCUCUAUCAUUUUACAGUUGGAGGUCCUGUUGUUGACAAGCGGAUAAUGAGUCUGCCAGCAUAUCCAGGCCCAAGCGUUGAUACAUGAUCCGAAGAGUAGCGAGGGUACAAGCUAUUACGCUGAAUUUCACAUAAAUUGUGUUGCAAGAUGGUUCACUGCUCAUAUUUCUUCAGAAGAAAAGGGAGAAAAUAAAAAUUCCUCAAACUUAAAGGGAGAAGAAAAUGUAUGUCAAGACAUGUUAUCAAGACAUGUUACAAUAUAUAGUUAGGAAGCACAGUUGAAUUGCUGUACAUAAUGUUAUCAAGUUAUGCUUAUGCCAAUCCCGUCAUUGUACAGAACCAAUUUUUUUUUUCCUACUCUCUCUCAAGCAUGGCAGCAUAUCUUCUGAUAUAUGUGGACUUUAUGCGGCUGGUUAAAUUUCUGUUUCUUUUGUUCUCUUGGUUCUCGUAUUUCUUGAACUUUUCGAGCAUCAAUGAGUAUAAGAUGUGGCAUUUGCAAAAGAAA